AGAGAGAUGACGCGCUUCGUUAUGAUCUUCCGCGUCUUCACUGUCGUCACUUUCAUAUUCUUUCUCGUCCCUCAUUCUUUCUCUCAGAACGUCACUGCACCCGUCACCCCUGAUAAAGCCUGCAACAUCACUACCAACCCAGACUUCUGCAGGUCCGUCCUCCCACCCUAUGGCAGGUCCGACCUCUACGACUAUGGUCGCUUCCUGGUCCGCCAAUCGCUGCACCAAUCGAAGAGGUUCUCUCACCUCAUCGAUCGAUCCCUCAGGGACAACUCUACCUCUCUCUCCGGCGCAGGGAUCGGAGCCCUCAGAGACUGCAUUGUUCUUUCCCAACUCACCACCAACUACUUGAGCUCCUCCAUCGCCACCCUGAACGACACCACCACCACCACCCUCCCCGUCGACCAGGCCGACGACGUCCACACACUCCUCAGCGCCAUCGUCACCAAUCAGCAGACGUGCUUUGAUGGGCUUGCUCAGGCCUCCGUCUUGAAACGCAAAGGCGACCUCUACCAGCCGCUCGUCAAUGGGUCCAAGCUCUACAGCACCUCCCUUGCCAUGUUCACCCAUUCCUGGGCUCAGAAGGGCCACAAGAAGCACAAACAGGGCCGGCAGCUUCUAGAUGAAUUAAGGGUGAGGAGAGAUGGCCUACCCUCAUGGGUGAACGGUGGUUUCUUCCGCUCUGGACCAAGUAGAAGGUCGGUUCAGCAAUCUGUUCGCGGUGGGGCACCAGUUUUGACCACUGUGGUGGUGGCCAAGAGAGGGAAGGCGAAUUUUAGCAGCAUCAACGACGCCAUUGCAGCCGCCCCUGAUAAUGUGAACGCCAGCUAUGGUUACUACGUCAUCAAGAUAAAGGAGGGAGUUUAUGAGGAGUACGUGUCUGUCAACUCGAGCAAGUCGAAUAUAAUGAUGGUAGGGGCUGGCAUCAACAAGACUAUAAUCACCGGCAACCGUAGCGUCGGUGAUGGCUUCACCACCUUCAAUUCCGCCACCUUUGUUGUAGUCGGGAGGAACUUCGUGGGAAUGCGACUAACAAUCAGGAACACGGCCGGACCAGCCAAGCAUCAGGCGGUGGCGGUCAGGAACGGCGCAGAUCUUUCCACAUUCUACAAAUGCAGCUUCGAGGGAUACCAAGACACUCUUUACGCUCACUCCUUGCGGCAAUUCUACAGAGAAUGUGACGUCUACGGCACCGUCGAUUUCAUCUUCGGCAACGCUGCCGUCGUCUUUCAAAAGUGCAAACUCUACGCCAGACUGCCAUCGCAGGGCCAGUCCAACAUGUUCACGGCUCAGGGCAGAACCGAUCCGAAUCAGAACACCGGGAUCUCCAUAAUAAACUCCGCUCUCUUGACCACACCAGAGCUGGCGGCGGCCAACGGCUCGAUCCAGUCGUAUCUUGGGAGGCCAUGGAAGGAGUACUCGAGGACGGUGUAUAUGCUGUCAAACAUUGGUAGUUUGAUCGACCCUGCUGGUUGGGCACCCUGGUCUGGUGACUUUGCAUUGAGCACUUUGUACUAUGGGGAGUAUAAGAACCGAGGUGCGGGUUCGAAGACGGACAAGAGGGUUACAUGGCCUGGAUUCCAUGUGUUGGCUGCUGUGGAUGCGAGCAAUUUCACUGUAGCCAACUUUGUUCAAGGUGAUACGUGGUUGGAUUCCACGAGUGUGCCCUUCUCAACAGGGUUAAUUUGAUUUAGAAUUUGGGACUUUCAGCAGAAAAUGAGAGCGAAAAAUGAGUAACAGUAAGCUGUUUUAAAUAUUUUUCUUUUUGGUUUCUAGAAAAGUAUCUCGCCUUUGUUUUUUUUUUGUAUUUUCAUUGUUCUUUCAUAACUCGUGUCUCUCUUUAGAGAUAGCAACAUAUUCCAGUUGUA